GCCGAAAGGAUGAAUGAAGACCUUCAGAACGAGGUGGAGGCCAUAAACUCUAUAUAUGGGGACGAAUCCCUGGUUGCUACUGGAGAGGAAGGUGUCUAUGUUCUUCAUCUUCCCCAGCAAGCCGCCUCCUUAAGAAUCCAGUUUCCUCACGAUUAUCCCGACGUGCCACCCUCCGUCCUCGGGACGCAAAGCUCGGGGGGUCAGGCACGAAAAGGAGAGGCUUCGCGCAUCGUUGAUGUAUUUCGAGAGACUCUUGGAAAGCUCUACCGUCCUGGUGAGGUCUGUUUGUUUGAUGUGAUCGAGGACAUCAACAGUAACCUUGAAUCCGCGAUUAAUCCAGCAGUCGAGAACGACGGUCACGGGACGGACGAGUCCAGCGCGACCCAUCAAGAGGCCCCAAUAGCUGCUAUACGUCCCACUAUCCAGGCAUCGAGAUUGCCAGAAGAUGAAGAACCUCCCUGGACCUUGUCUGACGUCGUGAUCGAGCUGAAGUCGGUUUUCAUUGCUCGAUGCGCGCCGGUCUCUUCACCAGAGCAAGCAAAGCAGUAUCUGCAACACUUGCUCGACAGUGAUAAGAAGGUUCGCUCUGCAACCCAUAACAUUACGGCAUGGAGGAUCAAAGGGGAAAACGGCGUUUCAUUCCAGGAUUGCGAUGAUGAUGGGGAAACAGCGGCGGGUGGGCGCGUGCUUCACCUAAUGCAGUUGAUGGACAUCUGGAAUGUCAUGGUCGUUGUCACACGGUGGUAUGGGGGACACCUCCUUGGGCCUAAACGCUUUAGUAUCAUCAACACUGUUGCUCGCGAUGCAUUUGUGAAGGGGAACUUCGUCAAGGAAGAGGCUCCGACCAAGAAGAAAGGGAAACACUGAAAUAGGGUGUUAGGCGUGGAUAACCCUCUACCUACCAGCGCAAUACGGUACCAACGGCAGUAGAUCUCCUAUACCAAUCUUCUGCUCACAAAAUUACUCAUCCUUGACGGAGCCCUGCGGUCGACUUCUAAUGGAGGCCGUCCUUUUGAGAAAAUAUACGGGGAAUGCUCGUGGAUGAGGACCUGGUUUAUUUGAAGGGCGGAAGGGGAUGGACCAGAGUCGACCCACGGAGAUGGCAUAUAAAUGAUAGCCUGAUAGGGUAUAUUGGAGGACAUAUGGGACGUGAGCUAUUCCUGUUGUUAGGAUAGUCACAUUCUGGCAUUCUCGAGGUGCAUGUAUAACCUCCCUGCGGCCACCAGCAUCAAGACAGAAUCUAUAGAUGCGAAUAUCAGGAAAUAUCAUAGUCAAUGCAAGAUCAAAUACACAUUUAUCGAAAC